CAGCUGUUCGUUAUGUCAAACUGCGACUGUGCAGUGCAGGCUUGUUUAAGUCGCGCUCUGAUGACGUCGCAGUGAGAGGAGGUGCGGGUUUGCCACGUCGGUGUCUGUGCAACGCAUUUACACUGUUGCUCCCAAAGCCCAUGGCUAACUUUUAAAGCCGUUUUAUGUUUUAAGCCGGAGAGAAAGAGACCCCCCCAGAAUCACCGGUGCCGCCGUAGCUCGUCGCCACACCAGUGCAGUCCAUAUUGAAGCUGGAAGGCGGAGAAAUGAUCGGUGCUGUUUGGACUCGUCAGGCUGGAUGCCACACAACUGACUGAUGUAUCCUCGUUCAGCUCACCCCCCCGUAUGUUGUCGAUGUUGUUGGCCUGGCUGUACAUGGUGGCUCAUUAAGGAGAGGAGUCCCAGCGGCUGUUGGUUGGUGGGAGGCGUCCGUGGUUGCCACGGUAACUGGCGACCAUGCCAGGAGGUCGCAGGGGUCCCAGCAGACAGCAGCUAAGUCGGUCUGCUCUGCCGUCCCUGCAGACUCUGGUUGGAGGCAACCUUGGCAAUGGUACAGGCCUCAGGAACAGGAGCAGUAACUUGGUGGGUCUGUCUGCCCCCCCCCUCUCGGCCCUCAUUUCUCCGGAGCCGGUCCGUCACUCGAGGAUCCCCGAGCUGCCGUUGGACAGCAGCCUGUUGUUUGAGUUCCUGCUCUUUCUUUAUUUGCUGGUGGCCUUGUUUGUCCAGUACAUAAACAUCUACAGGACAGUCUGGUGGUACCCAUACAGCCACCCUGCUGCCUCUACCUCGCUUAACUUUCAUCUUAUGGACUACCACCUGGCUAUCUUCAUCACAGUCAUGUUGGCCAGGAGGCUUGUUUGGACUAUAGUUUCAGAGGUGUCUCAGAGCAGCGGCGGAUCACUGCUCCGCUAUGUGGUUCUGAUCGCAGCUCGGCUCAGCCUGCUGACCAUGUGUGGCUGGGUGCUCUGCUGGACGCUGGUCAACCUCUGCAAGAACUACUCUGUGCUCAACCUGCUCUUCCUGGGAUACCCCUUUGGUGUGUACGUCCCACUUUGCUGUUUCCAUCAGGAGGGAGGGAAAAGCCAAACGGCACCAGCCGACUGUGAUUACCCAGCCGACCACCAGCAGACCGAACUAACAGAGACCCUGUUCUUUCGACCGCGUGACUUCCUCUUCCUGUUACGAGAGAACCUCAGAGAGCAGUUUUCCAGCCCCCCACACAUGCCUAUUCACAACUGCCCACCACACACACACUCGCACACACCAGAGUUGAUUCGAGCAGAGGUGGAGGAGCUGAAGAGCGACUUCAACCGGCGAAUCAAGGAAGUGCUGUUCAACUCGCUGUUCAGUGCUUACUACGUAGCCUUCCUGCCUCUCUGCUUUGUCAAGAGCACCCAGUACUACGACAUGCGCUGGUCAUGUGAGCAUCUGAUCAUGGUGUGGAUCAAUGCGUUUGUGAUGCUGAUGAGUCAGCUGCUGCCCCCCAGCUACUGUGACCUGCUUCAUCGCUCGGCGGCUCACCUGGGCCGCUGGCAGAAACUGGAGCACGGCUCAUACAGCAACGCACCUCAGCAUGUGUGGUCAGAAAGUACCAUUUGGCCUCAGGGGGUGUUGGUACGACACAGUCGAUGUCUGUAUAAGGCAGUCGGACCCUAUAAUGUCGCUCUGCCCUCUGAUGUUUCCCAUGCAAGGUUUUAUUUCCUGUUCCACAAGCCAUUGCGGAUCCUGAACCUGCUGAUCUGGAUCGAGUCCAGUGUCGUUUUGUACCAGUUAUACUCUCUGCUGCGCUCUGAGCGCUGGAACCACACUUUGUCUCUGGGCCUUAUUCUCUGCUGCAACUACUAUGUCCUUUUUAAACUGCUCCGAGACCGCAUUGUGCUGGGCAAAGCCUACUCCUACCCUCUGUCUUCCAACAGUUUGGGGCUCAAGUCGCAGUAAAGGCUCUUCACAGUGAGACCUCACCUAUGAACUCCGGACGUGAUGGGGAGAUGAUGGGUGGAGGUGUGGUAAAGUGGAAGACCGGAGGGUUGUUUAGCACUCACGCCAGGAGGUUAAGGGACAGACUGUGAACUCAUAAACGUGUUUUGAUACGGUUCUAUUUUUAAUGCAAUGUUUAUAUAUACCUAUUUAAAAGAAUAUUUUUUAUUUUGUAUACUAUUUCGAGUUACGCCGGGCAUUACCACCCUGACAACAUUAGCAUGUCGUGUUAUGUUGUUGCUAGGUGACAGGGAAGUCAGGGAAUGCCAGGAGGUGACUUUCACCAAAGAUAUUUUAAGUGCAGAUGGCCAAUCACAGAGCAGACUUGGCUUCUGACAGUCAGUUCAACCAGACGUGCGAUUCAGAGCAGUGGAACGAGAUGUGCCUGAGAUCCUGAAUCCUUAUUGGGCUACUUCAACCCUGAGGUUCCUAAAGCUUAAAUCUAGAACCAGUGAAACUGAAGCAAACACUGUCACUGCUCUCAACAUCUUCAUCAGCAUGUUUUCACUGGCGAUUUUAAAGCAAAAGUUGACAUUUUGGGCAAUACACUGAUUUGUUUUCUGGUGGAGAGUUUAAUGAGAAGAUAGAUACCACUCUCAUAUCUGCUCAUCAAAUAUGAGGCCCCAUCACACAGAUGGUUAGCUUAACGCUAGCACAAAGACUGGAAAGCAGGGGAAACAGCUAGCCUGGCUCUGUCCAAAGGGAACAAAGUCAGCACCUCUAAAACUCACUAAUUAACACGUAAUAUCUUCUUUUGUUUAAUUCGAUCAAAAAUCAAAGUGUGAAAACGACAGGUUGCCAUUUUACAGGGGAUUAUUGGCCAGACUAUUUCUUGGCUCUGAGAAGUUGCCAGGCAGCCACAGAGAGUCAGUAAGUUACUGUACCAGGCCAAGAAACGGUCUGGCAUAUAACCCCAUAAGACAGCAAAUUGUCGUUCAUACUUUGAUUUUUGUUCGAAUUAAAUAGAGGAAACAUAAUGUGUUAAUAAGUGAGCUUUAGAGGUGCUGGCAGGGAGAUUUUGUAACCGUUGAACAGAGCCAAGCUAGCUGUUUCCCCUAGUUUCCUCAUACCGCUGCCUGCGGUAGCUUCAUAUUUAAUGGGAAUGACUUGAGAAUCGUGAAGAUUUUCCCUUUCUAAGUCGCUGCCAGAAAGCAAAUAAGUGUAUUUCCAAAAAUGUCGAACUGCUUCAGUGUGGAUUUUUACCACAAAGUAGAGUAAAACUUUCCUACAAACUGACUUGAUCUGUCUGUAGGAAAAACACCUUAGGUACACUUAUCCACUGCCUCUGCAGAGAAUGCUGUAUUCUUCCUCAUUCACUUUGUUACUGUGUUUUUACUAUCCGUAUCUGCUUGUUUCUCAUCAUUGGCUAUCUGAAGGGCAGUUACAAACUUACACCAGGGUGUCAACAAGUGAGAAGGGAUUGAGAUACUAUUGACAUCCUUAAACUCAAAACACACCCAAAAAUGUCAAAAAACAGUUUGACCCUGUGUGUUUUUAUCUUGUUGUCAUACAGCCCUGCCUGGCCUGGUUGUGGUUACUUAAAAGGAGUAAAGUUUGAAGGGCUGCUGCUGUAACCAGAUGAUUAUUAAAGUCAAAACUCUUACUGAUGUCAGACCACACUUUUGACAUGCAGAAAUCUUGCUAUGAUAUAGCGUAUGACUCAUUUGUGUUCUUAAAGGUCACCCAGUCCCUGUUUAUUAUAUUAAAUUUUGGUGCCUGAAUGCUUAAACCAUAAUGGUAUUGAGGACCAUAUCACAUCAGGUCCAUGUCUUCGUGGACUGGAUGUAGAUAACAGAGUGAAUGUGACUAAUAAAGUUUUCUGUUAAUACGUCCAAGGACCUAACAACCCUUCUCCCACUGCAAAUAUGUCUGUCAUCACGCUCUCAUUUGGAUUUGACAGCAGAGGAUGUUAAAUAGUGACAUUUCCAUGGGCGAUGAAAACCAAAGGGUGAAGACAGCUGAGCUGGGGGGGAAAUACUGUAUGUGUCGCCUCAUUACCAGUUCAUGUAUUCUCAGUUACCAGAAUGGUGUUACAAACAGGUUGCCUCGCAUGUUGUUGCCUCGCAUGUUUUUGCCUUUCUGUUUAGUAUCACUUGUCAAACAUCCUCUUACUCUCAAGUAGGUUCCUCUUUAUGGGCCUCUCCUUCACCGGCUCUAAUCUGCAGUCGGUACAUAACUUCGGGCAGUAUUAAGGAUUAGUGUCGACCUGAACAGCUGUCGAAUAUUCAGAUAGAAAUCAAUACAACACGAAAAGCCUUUUUAUCAGGGGUUAAAUUCUGAAAAUCAAUAUUUCCUGUGGUGUCGUGAAUUUCACUGACUGAUUCACUCAAGUUUCAUGCUGAGUGUAAAUGAGGUGGAGUAAAGUACUUUGGAGAUUAACCAGCGUGUACAUCUGGAAUGCUGUAGCUGCUGUGUGCCUCGGCAGAAGUGUGAGGAAUCUUUGAUCACACGCAAAUGCCGUACAUGAGCCCAUUAUUCUGCUUUGUCUGCAGACUCUGCCUUUAAAUCAGCUUUCUGGUGCUUAUGUUUUGUUUGCGGCAAUCUUCCACUUGAAUUUAGCAAAUCUAUCAACUGAAUGUUGCUAUCGACUUGAAUUGGCAUGUUUUUGCAGUUGGUAGCAGUAGCCUUCAAUUGAGCACAAUUACAACUGUCAAUAACACAGACAGGAGCCAUUUUAAGGUUUGCUUUAAAUCCUACGUCAGUUCUUACUUGUUAAGUCUUUGCUCAAGCAACACACAUUCUGUGUGCUUUCUUUGGUCUGGUGAAACCCAUAAGAUCACAGCUGAAGAGAAAUGAGGAAAUUAGAUUUAGAAAGAUUUUAGAUUCUAUCACCUCUUGACCACAUUGUCCCUAAGUGUACUUGAUCUCCUCUAGCCUACAUGAAAUCUGAAGACAAUGUUUAUGUGUCCCCUUUAGUUAUAAAAGUUGUCAAAUUGAGUUGCAGAGUUUGUUUUCUAUGUGCCAUAUCACAGGAUGCAGUUUCACAGUCCUGGUUGAACCUGUUGUUGAAUGUCGGUGCUGGAGAAGUCAUAGGAGCUGGUCCUCAUAUAUUUCGGCUUUUUACAGUAUUCAGUUUCGUCACAGCAUUUCUGAAAAUGCUUUUUGACAUCUGAAAUAAAACAAAUGGUGUUUAAACA